AUGACAAACUCCGAAACCACUCUAUCGAAGUUAUUGGCAGAAUCUGAAUUUAACCAAGAAUGCAAGGAGUUGUUGUCUUCUCUUCCAAAAGACAAAAGCUUUUUCGCAGAGUAUCUCUAUCAAUACGAAGGAUUUUGGUACCCACCAAACCUCUUAGAAGGUGUUCUAUAUAGCCAGAAGCAUUUUCAGGCUAGAGAUUCAGACAUCAUCGUCGUAAGCAGUCCUAAAUCAGGUACAACUUGGUUAAAAGCACUCGUCUUUGCCUUGAUUUACCGACAGGAUUACCAAACUCCUCUAGAAUCACAUCCUCUGCUCGAUAACAAUCCGCAUACCCUCGUCCCGUUUGUAGAAGGUUUCAACUUUCACACUCAAGAUACUUCUCCUGGGAUCUUCUCUACACACAUUCCUCUUGGGUCGCUCCCCGAGUCCAUUAAGGACUCGCCUUGUAAACUUGUGUAUUGCUGCAGGAACCCGAAGGAUGCCUUUGUCUCGCUUUGGCAUUUCAUGAAAAGAUUAGCUCUCAAGGAGAUGGCUGGAUGCACAAUGGAGGAAAUGGUGAGAGGGUUUUGCAGAGGGUCAAGUGUUUACGGACCCUUUUGGGAUCAUGCAUUAGAGUACUGGAAAGAAAGCCGAGAAAACCCGGGAAAGGUUUUGUUUGUUAUGUAUGAAGAGAUGAGAGAGCAGCCCAGGGAAUGGGUUAAGCGGAUCGCUGAGUUCUUGGAAUGCUCAUUUACUAAGGAAGAGAUAGAUAAUGGAGUUUUGGAAGAUAUCAUAAAGUUGUGUAGUCUUGAGAAUCUGAGUAAAUUGGAGGUUAAUCAGAAAGGUAAGUUAGUGAAUGGAAUGGAGACUAAGGCAUUUUUUAGGGAAGGAGAGAUUGGUGGAUGGAGAGAUACUUUAACUCCUUUAUUAGCAGAGGAAAUAGACAAAACCACUGAGGAGAAACUAAUUGGUUCAUCUUUUAGAUUCUUUUGCUAA